AUAUCUGAGGCUCAUCCUUUCUUGUUUGAUCAAACUAAAAACAGUGUUGCAUGGCUACACAAAUCAGUCCCUGUUCUUCAUCUUCCACCACCUUCCCACCUUCUUCACUUAAUCAAGACACCUUUUCUUCUGCAAAAUUCUUCAAUUUCUCAACAAAAUCAUCUUCCUCCAGAUGGGUUUUCAAGAUUCACUCCAGAAUCAAUCCCAAAAACCAGUUUGAACUCAAAUCCUCAAAUGGGUAUCCUCUUAACGCGAUUUCGUUGCAGGAUGUCGGUUCAAACAGUAAUAUGAAUCAAUCGUCUAUCAAACCGCUCAGACGCCUGUUCUUGAUUUCCUGUUAUCAUUGUCUGCUGGCUUUUCGAGUAGGUGCAGCAGAGAUGCCACUGGCAAAAGAGCUUGUGUCACGAGAACAAGCCGAAUCCAAUCUUAGUGUAACCAUUGUGGGUGCUUCAGGUGAUCUUGCCAAGAAGAAGAUCUUUCCGGCACUUUUUGCGCUCUUUUACGAAGAUUGUUUACCUCAGAAUUUUACCAUAUUUGGGUAUGCCCGAACCAAAAUGACCGAUGAGGAGCUGAGGGAGAUGAUUAGUAGAACGUUAACGUGCAGAAUCGAUAAGAGAGAGAACUGCGGUGACAAAAUGGAAGAGUUUCUUGGAAGAUGUUUUUACCAUUCGGGUCAAUACAACUCUGAGGAACAUUUUGCAGAAUUGGACAGUAAGCUGAAACAGAAAGAGGGUGGAAAAGUGUCGAAUAGAUUGUUUUACUUGUCGAUACCUCCAGACAUUUUUGUGGAUGUGGUACGGUGUGCCAGCGGCAAAGCUUCUUCCAAGAACGGGUGGACAAGGGUAAUUGUGGAAAAACCAUUUGGUCGCGAUGCAGAAUCAUCUGGAGAGCUAACAAGAAGCCUGAAACAGUACUUAGCUGAGGAUCAAAUCUUUAGGAUUGAUCAUUACUUGGGGAAGGAGCUCGUGGAGAAUUUAUCAGUUCUUCGUUUCUCAAAUCUUGUUUUCGAACCACUGUGGUCAAGAAACUACAUUCGUAAUGUGCAAUUCAUAUUUUCUGAAGAUUUUGGUACAGAAGGGCGAGGCGGAUACUUUGACAACUAUGGAAUCAUCCGUGAUAUAAUGCAAAACCACCUCCUGCAAAUAUUAGCGUUGUUCGCGAUGGAAACACCUGUGACUUUGGAUGCCGAGGACAUCAGAAAUGAAAAGGUUAAAGUUUUGAGAUCGAUGAGACAACUGCGGCUUGAAGACGUAGUGAUUGGGCAAUACAAGGGGCAUAGCAAGGGUGGAAAGACGCAUUUAGGAUACACAGAGGACCCGACUGUGCCAAACGAUAGCCUCACUCCAACGUUUGCAGCAGCGGCGCUCUUUAUUGAUAAUGCCCGGUGGGAUGGCGUUCCGUUUCUUAUGAAAGCCGGCAAGGCCCUCAAUACUAGACGGGCAGAGAUCAGAGUUCAAUUCAGACAUGUUCCUGGUAAUCUAUACAAGCGAAACUUUGGGACGGAUUUGGAUAAGGCUACGAACGAGCUCGUACUUCGUGUGCAGCCUGACGAAGCCAUUUAUCUCAAGAUCAAUAACAAGAUUCCUGGUCUUGGAAUGAGGCUCGAUCGCAGCGACCUUAAUUUGCUCUACAGUACAAGAUAUUCGAAAGAAAUCCCGGAUGCAUACGAGCGGCUUCUGUUGGAUGCAAUCGAAGGAGAACGAAGAUUGUUCAUAAGAAGUGAUGAACUCGAUGCUGCUUGGUCUAUAUUCACGCCAUUGCUGAAAGAACUUGAAGCCAAGAAGAUUGCACCGGAGUUGUAUCCGUAUGGCAGCAGAGGACCUGUCGGAGCUCAUUAUCUGGCGGCAAACUACAAUGUCCGGUGGGGAGAUCUCGCCGGCGACGACUGAUCUGCAUGUAAAUGUGCAAUUUUUUGUCAAUCUUAAAUACUUCGUCAUAUAGAAAUUAAAUAUCUACGUUUUCAUUCUAAUUUGUCCUAAAA